UCGCGGCGGCGUGAACCGUUGAUGACCCCUAGCGACAAAACCUCACCAUAAAUCAGUGACACCUGAUUACAUUUAUUCUCAAUCCCAAACUCACACACACGGUCCACGGGCUCCUUAGAAAGGUCUACGUCCCUGUCUGCCGAGGAACGUCAGAGGUAGCAAGGCAGUCAGGUAGGUGUGUGCUACCAGCUGGAGUCCCAGGAGUUCGUCCUUUUUGAAUGUCACAAGCCCAGGGAGGCCUGCUGCUCAUCUGGCUGCUAACAGAGGCUUCACCAGACAACAGGUGGAUUUCUUUCUGACAACAAUACCCCAGUUCCCUGGCGAUGUUUCCUUGGUCUGCUGUUUUAUCCAUUGAGCCCAAAGUGCCCGGCCAACGCUCCACUGAGGAGUUGGUGACCAAUACUCUGAUGUUGGAGUUGGGGGCCAUGGUGAAACGCACUGAGCGCAUCCAUCUGGAGCGUGCGACAGAGGGGCGACGCCGCCGUCGCAGCUCCUCUUCCACAGUUGACUACAGCUGGCUGGCCAACACCCCGCACCCACACCACUAUGAGCUGACACCCAGUGAUCUGCUGGAGCUGCAGGACCUCUGUGCCAAGAUCCCUCCUGCACAGUGUGGCCCUUUGAUCGUCAGGUUCAGGAAGCUGGUGUCGCAGAUGGAGCCUGAGGUUCAUGAGGUUCCUCGGCUGUUUCGCUCAGUGCUGCACGACUGCAUGGACGAGAUGAACGGACACGAAGACCUGCACACGCACGACCCCGUCUUUGAGAAGCAGCAGCGCAGCAAGAGUCUCUCUUUUGUUACUUUCCGCACCAAGUUCUGCACGGGUCACCUCUUCAAGGGCAGCGGCAUGAGAGGCUCGAGGGGGAAUCUGCAGCAGCAGGUGGAUUGGUCGGACGAGGAGGAUAUAGAAGGGGAGGAGGAGGCCAUCAAGGCCAGGGCGAGGAAGGGAAGGAGCAGGAGCAUGCCGGAGAUUGGCCCUAUGGAGCAGAGCGCUCAUGGGUGAGCGGAGGAAGGGAGAGGAUGGUGGA